AUGUCGAACAGUGAAUAUCGACAAAUUACGGGUAUUAUCGUCGGUUGCGGUAAUCGUGGCCAAAACUAUGCUGAAUAUGCUCGGCAUUUCCCAGAACGUUUUCGUGUGGUAGCCGUCGCUGAUCCACGCCAAGUUGUACGUGAAAAAAUGCAAAAACUGUUUUCACUCGAAGACAAACAUGUCUCUAAUGAUUGGCGUCAAUUCGCUGACCCGAGCAUAGAACGCCUUGCUGAGUGUGCUCUAAUAACAUUACCUGAUCGGGAACAUUAUGAAGCAGCAAUACAACUGGCAAAGAAAGGGUAUCAUAUCCUAUUAGAAAAGCCGAUGGCCACCAAACCUGAACACUGCAAAGAAAUUGUUCAAGUUUGUCGAGAUAAUAAUGUCCUACUAGGCGUUUGUCACGUACUGCGAUAUUUGCCAGUAGUGAAGAAAAUCAAAGAAUUAAUCGAUAAGAAUGUCAUCGGUAAAUUAAUUUCCAUACAACACAUUGAACCAGUUGGAUAUUUUCAUUUUGCUCACUCAUUCGUCCGUGGAAAUUGGCACAAUGAAAAUGAAAGUUGCUUUUCUUUGUUGGCCAAAUGCUGUCAUGAUCUUGAUUUGAUUCAGUAUUGGAUGCAACCGCGACAAUGUGUAAAUAUUUCCAGUUUUGGCAAAUUGAUGCACUUCACCCGUGACAAUAAACCUCAAGGUGCAAGUGAUCGAUGUCUCACUUGUGCUGUAGAAUCGACAUGUCCGUAUUCAGCAAAAAAGAUCUAUCUCGAAAAACCCAACCGUCGAUGGCCAGUUUCGGUUGUUGUUCCAGACAUUGAAGAACACGAAGGUUGGGAUGAGAUUAAAGUUAAAGUUAAGCAUGCGUUGGAAACCGGACCGUAUGGGAAAUGUGUUUACGGCGAUUGUGAUAACGAUGUUGUUGAUCAACAAGUUGUUAUACUGAACUUCGAUGACGGAGCGACAGCUACAAUGCAAAUGGUUGCUUUUACCGAACAAGUCUGUCAACGAACAUCGCGUAUAUUUGGUAGUCAUGGUGAAUUAACGUGGACUGGCGAAGAUACAUUAGUUCAUUAUGAUUUUUUAACACAGAAACGAACGAUUUACGAUGAAGCGGAUCUUACGAGUGCUGGCAUCAUGGGUGGUCAUGGCGGAGCAGACUUUUUCGCAAUGGAUUCAUUUAUACGUGCACUAUCGUUGAAUAAGCCUGAAUUAAUUGGCACAGGACCAGAAGACUCAUUAGCUAGUCAUCUGAUUGCUUUCGCAGCUGAAACUGCUCGAAAAGAGAAUCGUGUUUGUCAAAUCAAUGAAUUCGCUUAA